UCGUGGGAUACGGUUUAGUUGGUACGCUCGUUCAAUAAACGGUGCUGCUUGCGUUUUCUGUUGGAAGUCGGGCCGUGCGGGUGGUUAGUGCUGCAAAAUGAAGAAACAGCUGAUGUGGAUCGUGUCGGUGAUAGUGGUGAUAGCUGCCGAGGGGUCCUCAGACGAUAACGUUUAUUCAAAUAUCACCAAUUUUGAAUCCUUUUUGGGCGUGUACGAGAAAAAUUAUAAGGCCAAGUACCGGAUGGAUAGAAGAAAACGGGCUUUCAAAAGGAAUAUGCAGGAAAUUGAGGAGCACAAUGCCAUUCACGCGCAGGGCGGCAGUACAUUUAUAAUGGGUGUCAACGAUCUUGCUGAUAUGGACAGAAGCAGCUAUCUGAAGAAGAUGGUCCGCAUGACGGACACGAUCCAUCGCCGCAAGAUUGACGUUCAGUUCGCCGACGACAUGGUCGAAGCCACCAGGCGCAAGAGAAGAUUUGCGGACGCCGAUGCCAUAGUGCAGGCCACUCAGAACCUCAUGCCGGACAGUUUGGACUGGCGCGACAAGGGAUACGUCACACCGGACAUCAACCAGAAAACGUGUGGUUCCUGUUAUGCUUUCAGUAUAGCGCACGCCAUCGAUGGACAAAUCAUGCGCCGCAUUGGACGGGUCGAGUUCGUCAGUCCGCAGCAGAUUGUUGAUUGUUCCACCAGUGCCGGCAAUAAGGGAUGUGCUGGAGGUUCGCUCAGAUACACGCUUCAGUAUCUGCAGGGAAGUGGGGGUUGCAUGCGGGAUUCGGACUAUCCUUACACUUCAUCGGUAAGUAUCGAUCGUUCGACAUCAAAUUUUUUUUCAGCCUGAACAAAGCCAAUGCAGUAGCAGUCGAAGGUUUCCCACGAAAAAAGGAGGAGGUAAUCGUUUCCGCUUAUCGUAAUCAACAACAUAAAUUUCCAGCAGCUUCUAGGUAAGGCAGCACGAAGCAGAGGAAUGAUUUGUGACAUGCAAGACACCUAACAAAAUCGGUAACUAGUUUCGUGUAGUUCACACCCAACUAGCAGCUAUCCGGACCCUGAUUUGCUUCGUUUAUACAAAAACAGCAACUAGGUAGGUAUACGUCGUCAGUGGAGUUUCCCCAAAGGAGCAACUUUGUCGUGCUGCGAGUCAUUCGAUUUCGUUGGAGAAUGACGAAUACGAGUGGAAAAUCAUUCCUUUUUGGUAGUUUAGUGGAGCACAAUAAACUGAAGUGAUUUUCGUGGUAAAUUGUUGUUUACACACCUGCCUUUCAGAGUCAAGGCAAAAAGGUAAUAGCAUUGUUACUAUGAAUUGCUGUUGAUGUAUCUAUCACUGUCUAAUUUUUGUGAAAUAAAUGCGAUGAUGUGAAGAAAUAUAAUCGGUUCAGUUUCGU